AGCUCAGAAUAACGCAGCAGACUACACUGACAACCACACACAGCCACUUCUUCUCUUUUUCACCGACAAGCACGAACGCACUUGGAUUAUAACUAUGACUCUGGAAGAGAUCCACGGACAGGAGAACACAAUGGAAACCUCAGACAGGGUGCAAAGUGCAGGCACAGCGCUGGAGGAGCUGCUGCUUUCUGCUAAGAAGCAAGACUAUCUCACAGUCGGAGUUUAUGAAUCUGCAAAAGUCAUGAAUGUUGACCCAGACAGCGUGGCAUUCUGCGUCCUCGCCACCGAUGAGGAGUACGAGUGUGACAUUGCCCUGCAGAUCCACUUCACCCUCAUACAGGCUUUCUGCUUCGACAACGACAUCAACGUGGUGCGCGUUAACGACAUCGAGCGCCUGGCCGACCUCGUGGGUGCAGACGAGACCGGCGAGCCCAAGGACGCGCACUGCAUUCUUGUCACGAGCCCCAAUGCAAACCCGUGGAAAGACCCAGCUCUGGACAAGCUGAGCCUGUUCUGCGAGGAGAGUCGCAGUGUUUACGACUGGGUUCCCACCAUCACACUCCCCGAGCGCUGAAGAGACAUUCCACUUAUAAUACUUCACAUGCUGAUGAUGAAGAUGAUGAAAAGAAAAGUCCUGGAGCUGAUCUUCAGCUAGGGGUGUUGAGCCUUGCUGCCCCACAUGUCUGGAUUAAGAGGCUGCAAGAGUGCUGCACCCUUUCAGUGCAUUCUGGGUCAGUACCUACCGCUUCUGGAUUACCCUGAGGAAAGGGGGUUCAAGUAUGGAGGUCGCAGUGUGGACUUGGUCAUAUGUUUGAAGAGUGGACCAGAAGCCUAAUGGACACUAAGAAGGAUUUGGAGUGUACUGCAUAGUGCAUGAAUAGUUGUGACCCAGUUGCUGCCCUACAUUGAAGGCAAUUGGGAACAGAGCAAAGAAGGUCACAGAAAUAUAGACUGUGCAAGAAAAGGACAUGAGAAUGUGCAGAGGCAGGACUGAAUCUCAUCAAGGAAGAUGCUGGUUCAGA